ACUGAAAAGCCAAAAGGAGAGUAUGAAAAACCCAACCAAAAGCAACUGGAAGACGAGAAGUCAAAAGGAGCAUGUGGGGACUCCCCACAGCAGGCUGAUGAGCCCGCGGAAGAUAAAUCUUCACGACAGCAGCAGCUGAUUGCAGACGAAGGUAUGUUUUGCCACCCUCCAUUUUCGCCAAAAUUCAAAGUUUUGGAGCAUUAAUUUCUCGUUUAUCAGUCUGGGUAGAAGAAAUAUAUCUUCAUUACUCCAAAACUCUUGGUUAUUUGUUUUAGGCGACAAUGUUAACUAAAGUAUCAUGAUAAUGAGUUGCUUUGUUAUUCAACAGGAGAUUACGAAGAAGAUGAUGCGGUACUGGAUACACGUCUGUAA